AUAGAUUGUCACAGCUUUCGGAUUUGAACGCUACAAUAAAUUUGUGUCCAGUAGUAAUUAUACGAGAACUAAUUUAUGUAGUGUGUCUGCAUGGCUAUUAUGAAAUUCAAAGUCUACUGCCUAUUAGUCCCUCGAAACAAAUAGGCUUCGCCUGGUAUCUAGAUUUAAACUUACCAGUUAUUAUUUAGUGAUUUGUACAGUUACCUAUUCUAACAAAUCCCGCUUCAUUUGCAUUUACAUACAUAAUUAUCUCCAAUCUCUUACUCAGAUUACGCUUAAAAUAAUUUUUAAAUGAAAUUUGCCAGUCAUUGACGUUAUUCUGAUCAGUAACAAAAUGCUGCCUUACUUUGAUUAUCAGUUCCGUGUUAUCAUAAUUGGUGACAGCAUGGUCGGGAAAUCCUCAUUAAUGAAAAGCUUUGUUGAGGGGAACUUCACAGUUGUGUCUGACCCAACUAUCGGAGUUGACUUCUUUUCACGAACAGUUCGAAUCCAAGAGGAGGUAUUUGUUAAAUUGCAACUAUGGGACACUGCUGGUCAAGAAAAGUUUAGAUCUAUUACUGCAUCUUAUUACCGCAACUGUGUUGGAGUUCUUAUCGUAUUUGACCUCACUGAUAGAGAAACAUUUGACCAUGUUGCUGAUUGGUAUGAAGAAGCUCGUGGUUCCAUUAAAUGCUCCUCUCCUGUAUUUAUAAUAGUUGGCCACAAAGCCGAUCGUCGUGACGAAAGACAGGUUACAAAAAUUGAAGCUCAAUCUCUUGCACAACGACUUGGUGAUUAUACCUACAUAGAAACAUCCUCACUUACCGGACAGAAUAUUGAAAAAGCUUUUGAGCUACUUGCUGAAGAUAUUUACGCGAAUGUUAUCAAAGGGACGUAUAAUGAGUUAUGCGCAGCUGGUAUUUGGGAUGGUGUUAAACAAGGUCACAAUGCUGCAUUAGCCGCUUCACUCGCAAACAAAUCAAUACACUUUAGUCAAGAUGAGUCUAAACCUCAUGGAGAGUGUUGUUAAGAUUAGUUUCCCGACACUUUUUUCUCUCUAUUCAGCCAUUUCCAAUGAAAUAAAAGAUGUCCAUAUUUCCUUUUUAAUCACUCAUAGAUUCUUCUAUGCUUAUUGUGACUUACGAUAUAAUCUAAUUUAAAUGAUUUGAAUCUGCCAAGACAAUUGAUCUCCUUUUUUUAUUGUUGAUUUUCUCCGUUAAUUUUACAUUGUGAAUUAGCUGUGGUAAAAUUGGCUAAAUGAUGCCAAUUUUUUGUUACCUUUGUUCUUUACCUAUAUUUCGUGUUUUACAAGCAUUAUAUGUACAUCUUGUAAUCGUUACCUUUGUAUGCGCACUUGCCUACUCUCCGUCCCUCCAUAUUUUGAGGAAGACCUAUUGAAUAUACUUGAUUUAAUAUUUGAACACUGUUUAUUCAUUCUAAUUUAUUAAUAUACUUACACACUUUUACUUUAAUUACUGUUUUAUUUGUAUCAAUUUAAUCGUAACCUACUGUUUGGUUUUUUCCUAUGUAUCUGUAAAUUAUGCUUUUUCGAUUGAAAGAGAGUAAAAUUAGUUAAACACUA